GUGUGUAAUGUAUAAUCUACAGCGCGAGGUCUAGUGACUUUUUCUUGAAUCACGAAUCAGGUUUUAGCGUUCGCGGAGCGGUGGAACCCCGAUAAUACCCAUAAGCUUUUCGGCAGGGGAUACGCUACUGCACUGCGCCGCUCAGAAGUGAGCAUGCGUAGAAAAAUUCUACGAUUUAGGAUCACUGCCCUUCACUCAUUCGCGCACGGUGAAUCGUAGGUGUUCCUCUUAACUAGGGUUUGCUACAUUAAUUUCGCACGCAAAACGCUGGCCCUUCACUGAAGAUUCAUUAAUGGUCUUGCCAUAUAUUUUGCUCACGUGCCCGGCGGUGUAAAUAAAAUAUGGAGACGUACGAGAAUCAAGUGCAAGAAAAACCGCAGGAUGGAGAAUAUGGAUUUGUUUGGCAAGACUAUCUUGAUGCCACAAACAGCGUGGAAGUUCCACAAAUUGUGUUUCCUCAUGUGGAGCUGACAUUGCAGAACAGUAUUGAGGUGGGCAUGUCACUAGAGGUACCAGUACAAAAAAAUAAUGCUGAGGAAGAGCAGUCAUAUUGGAUAGCUUCUAUCGUUAUGGCUUGUGGACCCUUAUUGCGAUUACGUUACUUUGGUGGUGAUGAUAGAUCUUUAGAAUUUUGGUUUAAUCUUACAAAAGAGGCUGGCCAUGAACUUGGUUGGAGUGUGAAAAAUAAUAAGAAAUUAAAACCACCUGAUGUUAUACUUAAGAGAUCACCAGAUUGUGUUGACAAACUGCAAGAAUUUCUGGUGACUGCACGUACACUCCCACCUGAGAUGUUGACAGGGGAUGGCUUAAGUAUGACAGAAAGGAUAAAACAGGGUAUGAAAGUUGAAAUAAGUGACGUGCUGCAUCCAUACAAGUUAUGGGUAGCUACGAUCAUUGAAAACGUUGGAGGACGUCUUUUAUUGAAAUAUGAUACUCCAGAAUCUACUCGUGAAGACUUCUGGAUAUUUUGUACAUCUGAGCGUUUACAUCCGUAUGGAUUUACGUCUAAAUCAAAUUCCACUUGGUUUUUGGAACCACCUAGUUCGAUAAUUGAUAUACAUACAUAUGAAGAAUGGAAGGAUUUGUUAGAAUCUAAACCGAAAGAUUGUGAGCUAGAGCGAGAUUUAUUUAAUAAUAAUAUAGAUCAUUCAAAGCAUAGUUUUGAAGUUGGAAUGAAACUGGAAGCUUUGCAUCCAGCAGAUCGAAUAAAAAUUUGUCCUGCUACUGUAACGAAAGUAUUUGAUGAUGUAUAUUUUCUUGUGAAUAUUGAUUUACAUUCUGAAUCUUUAAACGGAUCAAAUAAUACGCUUGUCUCUAACAAUUCACCUUCAGAAAAUGAUACAUGGUUGUGCACUGUAGACCAUCCAUAUAUAUUUCCAAUUGGAUGGGCGCAAAAGAACGAUAUUAUGUAACUUGACAUUAUUUUUCCUGCUACCCAUCCACAAGGUUGGACUUCAAAGACGGGAGAUUUUGAUUGGAAUGAAUACUUGGAAGCACUUCAUGCUAGCGCAGCGCCUGAAAAUUCAUUUAGCGAACGUGCGAGUGCUAUUGAGGCAGGCUUUGAAUGUGACAUGAGAUUGGAGGCUGUUGAUCCAGAACAUGAACAUAUAAUAUGCGCAGCCCAUAUUAAUAAAAUCGUUGACAAUCUGUUAUGGAUAAAAUUAGAUAACGACAAGUACUUUCGGCCGGAUCACAUAGUCGACAUACAUUCCUUGCAUAUAUUUCCUGUCGGAUGGUGCGAAUCUAAUCACUAUUCGUUAAAACCACCGCAUGACUACAUAGAAAUCUGUAAAAAACUAGAAACGUCUGCAAAGGAGAAGAAGAAAAACAACGUCUUGGACAUACCGAUAUCGGAACCACGCUCUUCACUUUGGUGUCCAAAGAUAUAUUUUAAUUAUCGAUGUUUCACAGGUCCCAUGAUAUCAAAGGGUAAAUUAGCGACUCUUCCAAAAUCAGUGGGACCUGGACCUGUUAUACUAGUCAUGCGGGAAGUUUUAUCAAUGAUAGUAUCUGUUGGCUAUAGAAGUGCUAGAAUUUUGAAGGUUUUGCAAUGUGAUACCAAGCCAGAUCCCGGUUAUCAUUUAGAAGUCUUGAAGGCAAAGCACAAAAAUAACACAUAUCGUGCGAGUGUAGCUAUUGUUACAUCCGGUGACAGGGUAGCAGAUUUCUGCAGAAAUACUUGUAAAAAAUUAAUGGUAUGUCCAAAUUUAUUCGGUCCGCUGCAUAUAUCAGAAAACGAAUGUCCAGAUGAAUGUUAUAAAACGUCAAAAACAAAAUAUACAGCAUCGAUUGGAACUGGAAAAAGAGGAAAACCGAAAGGAUAUACGAGCAUCAUGGUGCAAAAACCGAAACCUUGGGGUAGAAAACGUAAAAGACGACGUGGCAGAUGGGCACAAAAACACAAGGAGGUUCAUGAAGAAUAUGAUCAAGAAGAUGAACUGCCAUUUAUAUCGUUAGAUCUGGCAAAGCACAUCUCGGAAAAUCUCAUUGAAGAAGAAUUUGAGGGAAGACAACCGCUCUCAGAAAUAGAUAUCAUGAUACAGAAAGGUUUAGAGAAAUCCGACAAAUCAGAUGAAGUUAAAACUGAUAUGGCUUCCAGUAAUAUUUCAGAGGAUUCUGGCAGUUCAUUCAACGAUGGAAAGCCCAAGGAUCAAGAAUUGUCUCCAAAUUUAAAUUUAAACCAACACUCCACAAGACUCAGUCAAGGCACAGGAAUCACUAGAGGGACUAAAAGAGAUUGGGACACAAGCAUAGAAUCUGAUUGUUCAGAAGCAGAUGCUGAAUAUGUGAGAAUGCAAAAGACCCAACGACGACCGAAGACUCGGAAGCUCGAUUCAAAUCCGUUAUAUUGGAGCGUAGAUGAUGUGUUUCGAUAUCUCAGAAAAACAAACGACUGCAAGGAUAUUGCAUAUCGCAUCAAGGAAGAAGAAAUUGAUGGUCUUGCGUUCUUGUUGCUGAAUCUCCCUUCCCUUACUCAGCAUAUGAAACUGCGAACGAGUUUAGCCAUGAAAAUAUGUCGACACGUUGAACAAGUCAAAGUUACAUUUUUCUUACGACAUAUUCAUGAAGUAGAACCAGAACAAUAUCAAAUUGUUUAAUUGAUUUGAUAUAAUCAAUAAAACC